AAACUCCUCACCAUUACAAUCACUUAGCAAAUCUAGCUAUCUCAUCAUCUCUGCCUGAGCUCACUACCACUACUAUUGCUAGCUUGAUCGAGAUGGCCCGUUCUGCUGUUGCUCAGGUCGUGCUCGUCGCCGUGGUGGCUGCUAUGCUCCUCGCAGUCACGGAGGCGGCUGUAUCGUGCGGUCAGGUGAGCUCUGCCUUGAGCCCCUGCAUCUCCUAUGCACGCGGCAACGGCGCCAGCCCAUCUGCAGCCUGCUGCAGCGGCGUUAGGAGUCUAGCCAGCUCAGCCCGGAGCACCGCUGACAAGCAAGCGGCGUGCAAGUGCAUCAAGAGCGCUGCUGCUGGGCUCAACGCUGGCAAGGCCGGCGGCAUCCCCACAAAGUGCGGCGUUAGCGUCCCUUACGCCAUCAGCUCUUCGGUCGACUGCUCUAAGAUUCGCUGAUCGAGCACUUGCUGCCAUCGCUGUUGCCAUCGUCCCCUACGCCAUCGUUGCUGGAUCUACGCUUAGUACGUUGAGGUCACACACACGCACACCCACAUAUAUAUAUGAAUAAAUGCUCUCAUAUUAUCUCACUGCGUGAGAGAGAGAGGAGUACGUACGUCCAAGCAGCUCUGCAUGGCCGGCCACACUGUUGUAUCGAUGUUUGGUUGUUCUUCCACUCCCCGAGUUUGCUGUACUUUGUACCAUGUGUACUUUUGAUAUAUGGAUUGUAUACUCAGCUGAUCAGCUCUACUUGCGUGCGCA